GUCUAAGAGGACAGGACAGGAGGCCCCAAUGGUGGAGGUGGUUGCUGUUUCUGCCGAGAUAGAACCUGCUGGCGAAUCAAAGAAGAAUCCGAAACCAUAGCCAGACAAGAAGGGUUUUUUUAUAUGCGAGUCCGAAUUAAAUAAGCAGCCUCCUCUGGACAGUCCGCUGCUCUGAUCGGACGAACAAAAGCCAACUGAAGAGCGAAUUAACAAUGGCAGUUCUUCGCUUCAUCUUCUGUCUCUCCCUGAACCCAAUCAAAAGCCCCCCAGAAAACCCCCAACCGGCGAAUAUACAAUCCGAGCCAAAUGGGUCCAAAUGGGUUCUCUCUGUUGUCCCCCUCUAGCUCUCAUUUUCCCACUUUCAGGGUUUCCGCGCCCACCAGCAGAGUCAGGAUGGCGGCGGCGAUGCCGGCGGCUGCGACCACCACCGGCUUCGGGUUCAAGAAUCUGAUGGAGACGUUCACGGUUGACGUUCAGGGAGCGGAAGGGAGGCCGCUGGACGUUCCGCUGAUGGCGCCGUUCACGAUUGCGUCGUCGAGGCUUGAGAAGGUGGAGAACGUGGCGAUUCGGAUUGAGUUGAGAAAUGGCUGUGUGGGGUGGGGAGAAGCGCCGAUCCUGCCCUCCGUGACGGCUGAGGAUCAGCCGGUGGCGCUGGCGAAGGCAGCGGAGGCCUGUGAGUGUCUGAAGCGGAGUCCGGCCAUGACUUUGGGCUCUGUUUUGGGGGAGAUUGGUGGGAUUCUUCCUGGCCAUGAAUUUGCUUCUGUCAGGGCGGGAGUUGAGAUGGCAUUGAUUGAUGCAGUGGCUAACAGCAUCGGCAUACCUUUGUGGAGACUAUUUGGUGGAGCUUCAAAUACCAUAACCACUGAUAUAACAAUUCCUAUUGUUUCCCCACCUGAAGCUGCUGAAUUGGCUUCAAAAUAUCGCAAACAAGGUUUCAGGACCUUGAAGCUUAAGGUUGGCAAGAAUCUGAAUGGAGAUAUAGAAGUGCUGCAAGCCAUACGCAUGGCUUAUCCCGAUUGCAUGUUUAUUUUGGAUGCUAAUGAGGGAUACACGUCUGACAAAGCUAUUCAAGUUCUCGAAAGACUGCAUGACAUGAAGGUUACUCCAAUUCUCUUUGAACAACCAGUUCACAGAGAUGAUUGGGAAGGUCUUGGUCGUGUCUAUCACAUUGCAAAAGACAAGUAUGGCAUAGCUGUUGCUGCUGAUGAAAGUUGUCGAAGUUUAGUUGAUGUCAAGAAAAUAAUCAAAGAAAAUCUUGCAGAUGUCAUUAACAUUAAGCUUGCCAAGGUUGGGGUUAUUGGAGCUCUUGAAAUUAUUGAAGUGGCUAGGGCAUCAGGGUUGAAUUUGAUGAUUGGUGGUAUGGUUGAGACUAGACUGGCCAUGGGUUUUGCCGGUCAUCUUGCUGCUGGCCUUGGGUGUUUCAGAUUUAUUGACCUAGACACACCCCUUUUGCUAUCGGAAGAUCCAGUGGUUGGAGGUUAUGAAGCUUCUGGUCCAGUAUACAAGUUCACAAAUGCCAGAGGCCACGGUGGCUUCCUUCACUGGAAUAAUAUUGCCUGAAGGGGCAGCACAUUUGCUGUUUUUGAACGUGCAAGUGAUCAUGCAACUUCGAAGAUCCUAUUGCUUGUGGAAUAUCCUUCUUCAAGAAGAGACCCAUGACUGUCAAAUGAAGAAAUCGGGGGUCAGAGAGGCUAGCAGAAGAAAUUAGAUGUAAUUGUAUGUUCAAUAAUUUGUACCGUGGUUGUGUACUUGAAGAACAGAUUUGUUUUUGCGAGUAUUGUGACCUGUUGUGAAGGCCUUCAGGCAAGUAGUUCACCCAGCUUAUUAUUCAGACAUAUUAUGUUGGUAAAUUGCAUUUUUCAUUAUGGUCAAGGACUUCAUUUGCUUAGACUUGUCAAGCGGGCGGGCCGACCCAUACUGUGCACAAUCCUGGGAGCCACCCCGUGCAGUUUGACAUCUCUAAGCCUCUGUUACUAAGUGA